GGAUAAGUGAACAAUGAUUCCGCCCGGAGACUGUCUGUAUGCUGGAAGGAAAAGGAGAAAACCUGUUCAGAAACAGAAACCAGAGAAAGCAGGUCAAAAAUCGAAUCCGUCCAAGCGUCACCGCGACCGUCUGAACGCAGAGCUGGACCGGCUGGCGAGUCUGCUGCCCUUCAGUGCAGAGGUCAUCUCUAAACUGGACAAACUCUCAGUGCUGAGACUCAGCGUCAGCUUCCUGCGAGUGAAGAGCUUCUUUCAAGAGGUCCAAGAAAAAGAAAAUCUCAGCAGUGAAGCCUCGAUCCCAGAGCACCGGAAAGAGAUUCUGCCCCGUGUUGUAGAGAGUGAUCUUCUCCUACAGUCUCUCUCUGGAUUUGCACUGGUCGUGAGCUCAGAUGGUGUUAUUUUCUAUGCAUCUACCACUAUCGUUGACUACCUGGGAUUUCAUCAGACAGACGUGAUGCAUCAGAAGGUCUUGGAUUAUGUCCAUGUGGCGGAGCGACAGGAGUUUCAGAGGCAGCUCCACUGGGCGAUGAACCCUGGCCAGCAAGACACUGUAGAUGAGGAUGUUGUGAUGGGUCAUCUGUAUAGCGCUGAGCAGCCUGACGGUGUUCCUCCUGAACUGUCUCCGUUCCUUACGCGGUGCUUCGUCGCUCGAGUCCGAUGCCUGCUGGACAGCACCUCCGGCUUCCUGAGCAUGCAGUUUCAGGGCAGCCUGAAGUUCCUGCAGGGUCAGAGGAGGAAGACUGACUCAGGAUCUUUGCUGCCGCCCCAGCUUGCUCUGUUUUGUGUGGCUGUUCCUCUGGUACUGCCCUUCAUCACGGAGCUAAAGAUGAAGAGUAUGAUGAUGAAGGGCAAACACAAAAGCUCUGGCAGCAGUGAUAAAAGGCAACGAGUUUCCUGCGGCUCAUUUGACAGUGGAGACGUGCUACGUGUUAACUGGACAAACACAUCGGGUCAUGAUGGUUUAGGGUCAGCCCUGGCCAACGCAAAGUACAGAGGAGAGGGCUGCAAAACCCAAGAUGAGCCGCUCAACUUCUGCGUUUCCACUCUGGGCGUCUCUAGGUUGCAGGCUGCCGAUGCCUCGUGGGACGCCCGCUGUCCUGUUGCCUUGCACACAGACUCCAGUGAAAACUACCUGAUACCUGGAAGCUUCUAUAAACACGGCCAUUCUGGAAAAUUACAAAAUGGUUGCAACACAGAAUUGCAGAAGGUGGAAGGUUAUUGCAUCGAGGGGAAGGUGGAGAGAAGGUGCAUGAUGCAGAAUGAAUGUUUUAAUAUGCUUCCUGAAGCGGCAAUUAAGACCGAACAAGAUUCCGACUCUGAAAACGUGUGUAACGCAUACGGGACGCUCUGGCGCCCUGAACAUGCACAGGUGAAAACCAAGGCUGAAUAUCAUGACUGCUGUACUCCAUAUCAAAAUGGCAAAGCUGCCAUCAAUGCACACAAGUAUCUGUGUGCGGGAGUCAGCAGACCUCUUAAGUGUGUCCUGAACAAAGACCUGAAUCACUCUGACCAGCCGACCGGCAGUCGGGACACGUAUGUGUUCGCAAAUGCCUCCACAGAUCAUAAAAGCUACAUGCAGCAUGAUAUCCGGCUGACUUACGAGUUCAGGAGUCGCAACCUGCUGCACACGAUUAAACGAGAACCCGACGACUCUCCACCUUGGUGUCAUGAUGUUAGUCAAGGGCAUGUGCAACACAAUAUUACUUCAACUUCCUCUGUGAAUGCUAUUCUACACAAAGCAAACCCUUAUGUUUACAUGCAGUGAACUC